AUGGCCCAAGCGCCCACAGACCCAGACUCGAACACAGCGCUCGAGGGGAAGAUCCUGCAGGCGCUGGGGGCGGCCGGGGGCCCCCUGAAGACGGUCCAGCUCUGCAGACUCUGCCGGGUGCCCAAGAAGACGCUGAACCAGGUCCUGUACCGGAUGAAGGCGGAGUCCAGAGUCGUCCUGGCAGGCCCGGCCUUGUGGGGCUUAGCGGGGGUCUCGGGGCCCGGGGGUCCCACCGUGCAGGCCACAUCCAGCCAGGGACAGGAAGCCGGGCCGCAGAGACCUUCGGACCCUCAGCCCCGGGGCUGCAGCGCCGGCACCCGCCUUGCGCUUCCCCCUCCCGCGUCCCCGCCAGGCCCCGCACUGGCCCUGCCCCCAGGCCCCGGACCCCAGCCACCCGGGGGCCUCUCGGACAUAGAGGGAAGCAUCUGCAGGCUCCUGGCCGGGGGGCCCCGCAAGGCCCUGCUGAUCGCCCAGGGCCUGGGCCGCGCCCGCGCGAAGGACGUGAACCCCGUGCUGCACCGCAUGCAGGCCCAGCGCCUCCUGCACCAGGACCCGGGCUCCGGCACGUGGGCGCUGGCCCAGCCAGACGACGCUGGAGGGAGAAGUCGGCCCCCCGUGGUCGUCAUCCAGAAGCAAACGUUCAACACCAUCAACCACUGGGGCCCCCACAGCCACAUUGUGGUCCAGAACCCGAGAAACAUCCAGAUCGGGGACGGCACCGUCAUGGUGAACGACUCGGCGGCCGUGCAGUACGUGUACAGCGACCCCCACGACCCCUGCGACCCCCACGACCCCAGGGAUCCUCAGGAUACUCCAACAGUGGAAAAACAAACCGAGGGCGAUGCAGGCCGGACAGUCCCCAGCCCGGGCCCCCCCGAGGACACGUGCACGGGCCACGAGAGCAGGACGGUCUCCAGCCCGGGGCCGGCCGGGUGCAGGGCAGACGCAGGGACUGGGGACAGCAGGAGGGACCCCAGCGAGCUCAAGGGCGCAGGGCCCGAGCCCCCCGCCCCGCGGCCUGAGGACGAACCCCCGGGGGGCCAGGACCACCUUGAGCUCAGUGCCCGCCUGGAAGCUGUGAUGCUGGGAAGCCCCCCGGCCUGGGGACCCAGAGUCAGGCAAGACACGAGCCCCCCAGCCACGAACGCCAACGGGAGCCCCAACAUCAUGGAGGACGGGAGCCCCCGGACCAGGGGCCCCGACGUCUUUCGGGACACAAGCCCCCGGGCUAUGGACCCUGACGGGAGCCCCCAGGCCACAGGCCCCCACGUCAUGUGGGCCACCAGCCUCCGGGCCACUGGCCCCGACGUCCCCGAGGACGGGGGCCUUUGA